ACACCUAUCAGUUCAGCCUCGCAGUUACAAUCAAGCGUUUAGUUUUAAGUCUGUCCAAACUUGAUUGAUGGACAAAUAUUGUUUAUCCCGAUGACAAAGGUAAAACUAAAGGUAAAAAGACAGCUGUUAGGUGUGAUGUUUCUGCCGUUUUUCCUAAUGUCUCGUCGAUUUUCCCUGGUCUUUUCUAUUUUAACGUCUUUUCCAGUUUCUGGACAGUCUCCAACAUAUGGCCUCCUUGGGCAAAUGUUCUACCUGAAGCCAGGCAUCGCUGAACAUCCUGAUGAUAUUCUGUGGAAACAUAAUGGCAGCAAAGUGGUAGAGUUUAAUGGCAAAGAGGAAACGGUGUAUGGCUUCUAUAAAGGCCGGGUCGCUCUUGGCCGGACCACAGCAGAGCUGAAUAUGACAGACCUCAGAUAUGAAGACAGCGGACACUAUGAAUUGGAAACGUACAAGAACAAACAGUUGCGUACUCGACAAUAUAAAUUAGAGGUCAUAGACAAGGUUACCAAACCCACCAUAUCCUGUGACGUGACUGAUGGCAAAUCUGAUGUACAUGGAACCAAGGCAACGCUGAUGUGCUCUGCAAAUCCCACACGCCCUCAGUCCUUAAUGAAGUUAGAGUGGGUUGGAAACGUGCAGUCUGGCCCAAAUUUAACAAUAACUCUGGAGGGUGAAGAUGAUGAUAAAAAAUACACUUGUAGGGUGAGCAACCCUCUGACUUCUGCAACAGCAACAUUCACUGCAAAGGAUUGCUACUCUGGUGGAAGUUCACCUGUUGCACUGGAUGCCAGCCUAUCCAUCAUCACCAUCUUAAUUGCACUAGCCCUUGGAGUUUGGGGAAUAUAGUUCUGCAAAA